AAUAAAACUUCACUAAAUAUAGUAUAAAAGUUAAGUCAUCUUUAUAAAUAGCCUAAAGAUCCCAUUUGAACAACAAAUCACCAACAGAGAAAAAUGGCAGUACCAAAAGAAGAGAAGCAUUUUGUUCUAGUACAUGGGGCUUGCCAUGGCUCCUGGUGCUGGUACAAGAUCAAGCCAAGGCUAGAGUCUGCUGGUCACAGAGUCACAGCCUUGGACCUUGCAGCUUCAGGGAUCAACACGAAGGCCAUACAAGAUGUUCACUCUUUAGCAGAGUAUUCUGAGCCUCUGUUGGAGUUUAUAGCCUCACUUGGUCCAGAAGAAAAGGUGAUCCUUGUAGGGCAUAGCCUUGGAGGCAUGAGCUUGGCCCUUGCCAUGGAAAACUUCCCACAGAAAAUUUGUGUUGCUGUUUUCUUGACCGCCUUUGUGCCAGAUACCACACACCAGCCUUCACAUGUUUUGGAUCAGUACAAUCAAAACACGCCCACAGAAGCAUGGCUGGACACUCAGUUUACAAAUUAUGGGAGUGCUGAAGAACCCUUAAUGUCAAUGCAUUUCGGUCCUGAGUUCUUAGCCAAGCUCUAUCAACUCAGCCCCAUUGAGGAUCUGGAACUCGCCAAGAGUUCAGUAAGGGUAGGCUCACUCUUUCUUCAAGACUUGUCAAAGAUGAAGAAAUUCUCGAAUGUGGGGUAUGGUCGGGUCCCACGAGUUUAUGUGGUUUGUAGCGAAGAUAAAGGAAUUCCCGAGGAAUUUCAGCGGUGGAUGAUUGAAAACAGUGGGGUUACAAAUGUGGUGGAGAUCAAGGGCGCCGAUCAUAUGCCAAUGUUUUCAAAGACCCAAGAAGUUUGCAAUGCUCUUGUAGAUAUAUCAAAUAAGUAUACUUCAGAUUCAACAAUGGUAGGAUCCGGCUGAAAAGCGAUCGAGGAGAUUAAGUUUGAACAUGUUAUGCUUGGACUUUGAACAUGUAUGAGCUAUGUUUAUGUAAUAAUGCUAGAGUUAU